GUCCACUCAGAGUCAGUAGACUGGGAAGCGACCGUUUCAUCAUUCGCAGCCUUGAAGCCGACCUUCCUCAUCGCACAAAGAAAACAGAGGCCAUGUCUAACGAGGACAACGCCAAAGAGACCCCUGGCAACGAGUGCCCCGUCUGCUACGAACGCCUCCAGAACCCAGGGACCGCGGAGCGGCGGCUGAGCUGCGGCCACUCCUUCUGCCACGACUGUUUGGUGAAGUAUCUGGUGACGGCCAAGAAAGAGGGCUCAAUAAAAAAGAACAUCAUCUGCCCUCUGUGCCGAUACGUGACCUUCCUCACCAACAGGGGCCUCAUUUUACCCCCGCGGACCGGGGAACUCAACCAGAUCUUGGAGGUUCCCGUCACGCCCUCAUCAUGCCUGAGGCACACGCCUUCGCUUCUCAGGAACCCCAACACUUUGGUGAUCCCCAUCACCGAGACCAGCGAGUCGGACAGCCCCCACCUUUCCAGGUGUACCUGCCUCGGGGACACCAACCUCGACUCGGCCAACCACGCCUACGGUUCCCAAGUCUUCGUCAUCAGCGACCAAGGGCAGCCGAUGUAUAACGAGGACGUCAUCGCCCCAACGCUUACCCAGCACGUGGAUGCCAGGGUCCACUGCUGCCGCUCCCCGUCCAUAAUUAUGGUCCUGCUGCUAAUAUUUCUUGUGGCCGUCAUGGCGGCCGUCUUGCCGUGGAUACUUUUGGUCAAAAAAGUGUGAAGAAGAUUCGUCCGUGUAACGUAAUAAUCGUGAUGGUGACUCGUGGAAGGGAGGCCCCUCCUCCUUUCAGAAGACCCUCUGAGAUGAUGUCUGGAUUGGUCAUGGAGGAGGACGAGACGGUUUGGACCAGAAAGUUUGGGUUCAAUUCGAGGAAAACGCGGAGACAGGGAAUUGUAACUUAUUUAAGUGUCCAAUAGAAGAACUGGAUUUGGGAGCCGUCAGAUCGUCCCUUUUGAAUGUCUCAUUCGGGUCCACGUUGGCAUGUAGACAUCUGAUGGGGUCCCGGGACCCAUUGGCAGCCGGGGGGCAAAUUCUGAAAAAAAAAACACCCAUUAAUUGCAGCCUCACUGUGCCCAUCAAACGCAGCCACUGCACCA